AAUCUGCAGAACUGAAAAAACCUUCACUGUUGUUCAUUCCCUCACCAGAUCCACGCCGCGAUUCGUGAUACGUAGUUGCGGAAGGAACAUGAAGGUCAUCGCCGCCUACCUCCUUGCCGUCCUCGGUGGCAAUGCCGCUCCUUGCGCCGCCGAUCUCAAGGGCAUUCUCAGCUCCGUUGGUGCUGAAGCAGAUGAUGACAGCAUAACGCUCCUUUUGUCUGAAGUUAAAGGCAAAGACAUAACAGAGGUUAUUGCCGCCGGAAGGGAAAAGCUUGCGUCGGUGCCUGCUGGUGGUGGUGGUGCUGUUGCCGUCGCCGCUGCUCCUAGCGGUGGUGCUGCUGCUCCCGCAGCCGCCGAGGCAAAGAAGGAGGAGAAGGUCGAAGAGAAGGAGGAAUCGGAUGAUGAUAUGGGAUUCAGUCUCUUUGAUUAAGUGGUAGGUUGUUCAAACUAGAGCUUCUAAGUUUUGUCUCUUAUUUUCGGGUUAAUUGUAGUGAUCUAUGUGUUUGAAAGGAUUUGGUUUAUAUUUUUAUUGACUUUUAUUGAUGUUAUGGAACUUCAAUUUGGUAAAAACAGUUGAGUUUAUUUCUUGGUUUA